AAAAGAAUAAAAUAAAAUCGUUUAUACUAAAAAUAGCUUUACUAUUGGACACAAAAUAUUUAAGAAAAAAAUUCUAAUAAUUAAAAUUUAGCAAAGAAAUUCCAAGAAAAUUUGUUCUUAAAAAAUGUAAAAGUAGAAAAAAAAGCAAGACGGCGGCGCGUUUAAGAAAGUGCUAAAAAUGUGUUAAAGAAAAAAAUUUCAAGUUUGUUUGAGGCAAAAUAGAAACGACAACUCAAAGCAAUUGUUACAAAAAGAAAUACAUCCUUUUAAAAGGAUAUACACAUAAUUUUUGAUUCCCCUGGUGCCUUUACACAACACACACGAAACAAAUAAAAGCAAUUAAAUUGAGUGGCAAACAAAAGUAUUAUUUUCAAUUAAUUAUUCAAAAUAAUUAUAGAAAAAAAAUUAGAAAAAAAGAAAAUAUUUUAAUAAAAUUAAAAAAAGGUGCAAAAUAACAAUUUGUGUUCUAUGCAAAAAUAAAAUAAAAUCAAUAAUUUCAAAACAACAAAUACAAAUCAAGCAAACAACCAGCCAGCCAAAAGGCAAAGCAAAGCCAAAAGCUAAAUACAACUUAAACAUCACACACACACACAAAAUAAAUACAACGAAAACGGGACAAAAGUCCAUGUAAAAUAUACAAAAAAAAAUAUAUUUAGAAGAAAAAAACAGCAAAUACAACGAAAAUUAAUAAUAAAAAAAUAACAACAACAAUAAUAAGAUACGAACAUACAUAUAUAAGAUUUCUUCAGCUUCUAAGACUUCAAGACAAGAAAGAAGUUCUACAGAAAACAAAAUUGUUAAAACAGACCUACAAACUAACUGACAGUCUGUCAAAAGGACAGACAGACAGACAAGACAUACAUAACCAUUUCUAUUCCACACUUCUAAGUGGAAGUAGAAGUAGAACGUUAAACACCAGACCAAAUCAAACAUCAUAACAUUAUAAAUUUAUGACCAAAAAGCCAUAAUAAGACAACAAAACCAACCAACUAAGAGGGAUAGAAAACAAUAGCAAAAGAUAAUUACCAGGAAACAUCAUAUUAAGAAAAACACAUUCCUACACACACACACACUCCGAUUCCAAGCUAUCGAAUUACAGUCUCCAACAAGGAAAACAUCAGAAUCAAGCGACACAGCGGAAGAGGCGACAAAAAAUAUUGGAGCAUAAAUAGCAAAUAAAACAAACAAAACCUCCUCUCCUUACAAGAACACAGGGAGAGCAUAACAAAAAAUUAAAUAAGAAAAAGUAUAGAGUAAGAGGCAGCUAAAUAAAGAGCAAGAGAAUUUUCAAAUUAAUAAUUCAAAUAAAAAUAAGAAAACUACGAAAAACAAACCAAAAAAAUCAAGAAAAUACUCAUACGUGGGACUGGCUGGCUGCCUACCUAACCCACACACACACACUCUAAACUAAACUACUCUCUCUCUACCUUACGCUCUCACAUAUUCUCUUGCUCUGCUACUACAAAAACAUAGGCAUACGACAACAAAAAAAGCUUAAUAAGUAGUGACCUUUAAAAGUAACUAACUAACUGGUCACUACUACAGCAAUUGCAAUAACAAUAAAAACAAGGCAACUGCUGCAGCAGCAACAAAAACAAAAACCUACAGCAGCCUUAGCAGUAGGGAACUGCAACUUAUCACAAAAAAAAGCUACAUAAACCAAACAAAUAAUUUAAUUAACGUUUAAAAACGUAACCCAUAUACACUUCAGGAUAAUUAUCCCAGCUUAACAGGGCUUAAUCGUCAAAAACAAAACCAAAGUAAACCCAAACUUAUGGACAAUGCCUACGUCUACUAUAAGUUGGACGAAUUCCGUCUUGAAAUACAGAGGAGGGAUCAGGAAAUAUUGGCAAUGGCGGCCAAAAUGAAAACAUUGGAAGAACAACAUCAGGACUACCAGAGGCAUAUUGCGGUCUUGAAAGAGUCGCUAUGUGCCAAAGAGGAACACUACAACAUGUUGCAGUCUGAUGUUGAAGAGUUGAGGGCCCGUCUCGAGGAGAAGAAUCGUUUGUUGGAGAAAAAGAAUCAGGGUACCAUGCAGACAGUUCAGGAGCGUAAUCGUCUAACCAGCGAGCUAACCGAACUCAAGGACCAUAUGGAAAUUAAAGAUCGUAAAAUCUGUGUACUCCAACGAAAGAUUGAAAACUUAGAGGAUUUGCUCAAGGAGAAAGAUAACCAGGUGGAUAUGGCUCGUGCACGGUUAUCGGCAAUGCAAGCUCAUCAUAGCAGUUCGGAGGGCGCUCUCACAAGUCUCGAAGAGGCCAUUGGCGACAAAGAGAAGCAAAUGGCUCAACUGCGAGAACAGCGAGAUCGUGCCGAACAUGAAAAACAAGAAGAACGUGAACUGCAUGAGCGUGAAAUUGCCGAUUACAAAAUCAAAUUGCGUGCCCUCGAAAGUGAAGUUGAAAAGCUAAAUACUCGCCUUGAACGUGCCGUCACUGAACGUGAACGUUUAGAAAUCAAGCUUGAGGCUUCACAAAGCGAAUUAGGCAAAUCGAAAGCCGAAUUGGAAAAAGCCACCUGUGAAAUGGGACGCAGCAAUGCCGAUUGGGAGACCACCAAACAGCGCAUAGCACGCUUAGAACUCGAAAACGAACGACUCAAACACGAUUUGGAACGUUCACAGAUGCAGCUAGAUGAACAAACCACACUACAUAAAACAACAUUUGGUCGCACAACUUUAACAACUUCCCAAGAGCUGGAUCGAGCACAAGAGCGCGCUGAUAAAGCAGCUGCCGAACUGAGACGUACCCAAGCCGAGCUCAGAGUUACUCAGGGCGAAACAGAUAAACGUUUUUCGGAUGCGGAAAGAGCUCGCGAGGAAGCGGCCGCCCUGCAGGAGAAACUGGAAAAGAGCCAGGGUGAAGUGUAUAGACUGAAAGCUAAAUUGGAAAAUGCCCAGGGCGAACAGGAAAGUUUGCGUCAAGAACUGGAAAAAGUACAAGGUGGCAUUUCACGCAUACACGCUGAUCGAGAUCGGGCCUUCUCCGAGGUGGACAAGAUGAAGGAGGAAAUGGAACGUACCCAGGCCACUUUAGGUAAAGCACAAUUACAGCAAGAAAAACUACAGAAUGCUUUGGAUAAGGCACAAAACGAAGUGGAUCAUUUGCAAGAGAAACUCGAUAAGGCGGGAGCCGAUAAUCGUCGUUUGGUCUUGGAGAAGGAGAAACUGACAUAUGACUAUGACAAUUUGCAAUCACAAUUGGAUAAGGCAUUGGGCCAGGCAGCUCGUGUACAAAAGGAACGUGAAACUCUUACAUUAGACACCGAUCGAAUUCGCGAGAAACUCGAAAAGGUUCAGAUACAACUGGCACGUGUCCAGAAGGAACGUGAUCAAUUCUCCGACGAAUUAGAAACUCUUAAAGAGCGAUCUGAAUCAUCACAAACACUGCUUCAGAAAGCAGCACGCGAUCGAGAAGCCAUGCAAACCGAUUUGGAAGUACUCAAAGAGCGUUAUGAAAAAUCGCAUAAUAUCCAACAAAAACUUCAGAUGGAACGCGAUGAUGCUGUUACUGAAGUGGAGAUUCUCAAGGAGAAAUUGGACAAAGCUUUGUAUGCCAGUCAGAAACUUAUUGACGAAAAAGACACUUCAAAUAAAGAAUUUGAAAAAAUGCUGGAGAAAUACGAUCGUGCCCAGAAUGAAAUUUAUCGCCUGCAAUCACGCUGUGAUACGGCUGAAGCAGAUCGUGCUCGCUUGGAGGUUGAGGCAGAGCGUUCUGUACUCGCCGCCUCAAAGGCACGAGAAGAUCUUCGCAAGCUUCAAGAGGAAAGCACACGUUUACAAGAAGCCUGUGAUAGAGCUGCCCUGCAACUUAGUCGCGCUAAGGAAUGCGAGGAUAAUGCUCGUGCUGAGCUCGAACAUCAUAGAGAACGUUACGAUAAAAUACAAACCGAUCUGCGUCGUACCCAGGGCGAGAAGGAGCAUUUACAAUCAGAACUCGAGCGCGUCAGCUAUGAAUUGGAAAGAGCUCAUGCUGCUCAAAGUAAAGCCAGUGCCAGUGUUGAAGCUGCCAAAGACGAGUGUGCUCACUAUGCCAUUGAACUUGAAAAGAUGCGAGAUCGUUAUGAAAAGAGCCAGACAGAACUUAGGAAACUACAAGACACCGAGACCUUUGGACGAGAAACACGUCGUCUUAAAGAGGAAAACGAGCGUUUGCGAGAAAAGCUGGACAAAACCCUUAUGGAACUCGAGACAAUACGCGGCAAAUCCCAAUACGAAUCAGAAACGUUUGAAAAAUACAAGGACAAGUAUGAAAAAAUUGAAAAUGAAAUUGCCACCAUGGAAUCUAAACUCCACGAAACCUCCUUGCAACUCGAACUGUCCAAGGGAGAAGUGGCCAAAUUGCUGGCCAAUCAAGAAAAACAACGUAGCGAAUUGGAAAGAGCUCAUAUUGAACGUGAAAAGGCCAGAGACAAACACGAGAAGUUACUAAAGGAAGUAGAACGUCUUAGAUUACAACAAGCCUCCGCCAUUAGUCCCGCAGAUUCAGUGCGUACAUCUUCGCUUUCGGCUGGUGAACGCCAAGAAAUUGAUCGUCUUAGAGAUCGCUUAGAAAAAGCCUUGCAGUCUCGCGAUGCCACCGAACUGGAAGCCGGACGUUUGGCUAAGGAACUGGAGAAAGCUCAAAUGCAUUUGGCCAAACAACAGGAAACCAACGAAUCGACUCGUAUUGAAUUUGAACGUAUGUCUGCUGAACUGGGUCGUCUACAUGAUCGCCUCGAAAAGGCCGAAGCAGAGAAGGAGACUCUGAGACAGUCUGCCAGAAACGGAGCCGCAGACAAACCUCAUCCACAACUCGAAAAACACAUACAACAGCUGGAGGCUGACUGCAAACAGCUGUCAAUCGAACGGGAACAAUUAGUGCAUCAAUUGGAAAAGAGCCAGGAAAUCCUAAUGAACUUCCAAAAAGAACUUCAAAAUGCCGAAACCGAACUCCAAAAUGCACGAGAAGAAAACCGCAAAUUACGCAAUGGCCAACCAGUGGCUCCAGCCGCACCAGCCGAAAUUCAAGCAAUGCAAAAGGAAAUACAAACAUUGCAGCAGAAACUUCAAGAGUCCGAAAAGGCGGUACAGGCGGCGGGUGCUGCUGCCCAAGGCGGAGCCUCACGAGAGGAAAUUGAACAAUGGCGCAAAGUUAUCGAGGCUGAAAAGAAUAAGGCCGAUAUGGCAGAUAAGGCGGCUCAAGAGAUGCAUAAACGUUUACAGAUGAUGGAUCAGCAUAUUAAGGAACAACAUGCUCAAAUGCAGAAAAUGCAACAACAGUUGCAACAGCAAGCACAACAACAACAACAGCAACAACAACAAGCACCUGCGAACACACAAGAAAUGCAACAACUCAACCAAGAACUGGAGAAAGUCAAAGCAGAACUCCAAGCUGCCACAACACAAAGAGACCAAUUCCAACAGCAACUGGAAAUUUUGGUUGAAGAACUACAAAAGAGUCAGGUUGCCAACCAGGAACAAGCGAAACAAUUACAAGCUGCCCAACAACAAAUACAACAACUACAGCAACAAAUACAACAGAUUAGCCAAGCGGGAGGAGCAAAUGCUGCCGCCAGCGAAGCACAAAAACAACAACUGGAACAACAACAAAAACAAUUGGAAGAAAUACGCAAUCAAAUCGAUAAUCAAGCCAAGGCGGUCGAAAGUGAACGCAAAAUUAUCGAAGAACAGCGCAAACAAAUCGAAGCCAAACGCAAAGAUAUUGAAGAGAAAGAGAAGAAAAUGGUCGAAUUCGAUGUCCAACUGCGCAAACGAAAAGAUCAAGUGGAUCAAUUAGAAAAAUCUCUGCAAGCUCAAGGAGGUGGUGCUGCAGCUGCCGGAGAACUAAACAAAAAACUCAUGGAAACUCAAAGACAAUUGGAAGCUUGCAUCAAAGAAUUACAAAAUACCAAGGAAGAACACAAGAAGGCAACAGCGGAAACAGAACGAUUACUCAAAUUGGUACAGAUGUCUCAAGAAGAACAGAAUGCCAAGGAAAAGACAAUUAUGGACUUGCAACAAGCCUUAAAGAUUGCCCAAGCAAAAGUCAAACAAGCACAAACACAGCAGCAACAACAACAAGAUGCUGGACCAGCUGGAUUCUUAAAGAGCUUUUUCUAAACAUAACAAAAUUAAAGAAAACAAAAAUUAUUACUCUAUCUCUCUCUCUCUACACUAACUACACUACAGUUUACAGUUUCUACUAUAUAUAUUUGUACAUUUGUUGUUGUUCUUGCUUAUACUUUUUUCGAACCAUCAAUUAUCAAAAAAACAAAAAAUUAAAUAAAACAAAAGUCAGUAUUUACAUACUCUAUACUCUACUCUUUAAAGUAAAAUACAAAAAACAAAAAAACGGAAAAACAAAACCGAAAAAAAAAUUAACAAAAAAACUCAAAUUCAAAAUAUUUUUUCUACUAUUUAUACAUAAUUAAGAAAACCUCUCUAAUACUGCUAAUAAUUGCUUUACAUUUAAAUUAAAAUUUAAAUUAAAUAAAUUUAUGUAUUGUAUCAUAAUUAAGUUCAAUCAAAUAUACAUAAUUCGACUAAUUUCGUAAAUUUUUUUCAUUUCUAAUUUUUCAAUUAUUUUAUUUUUUACUUAGAAAAACAAUUUUUGUGUGAAUUGUGCCCACUGAUGAAUUGGUCAUGAUAUAUUUAAAAAAAAAAUAAUAAAAUAAUAAACAUUAAAAAAACAUAAUGUGAUGUCAUACAUAAAUAAUUCAUAAUCUAACUAUAAAUAAUAAAUUAUUUGUCAAAUAAUUAAAUAAAAACAGCAUAUAUACAAAAAGCAAACCAACAUAAAAAAACUAAGUA